AUGUCAAUAUCAAAUUUGUCAAUAACAUUUGAUAUAAAAUACGAACGGCUAACAAUAUUUUAUUUUUGGCAAUUUAAACAAAUCAUAUUAAAAAAUGAGGCAAUAGUUAAAAAUAACAAUAAUUUUAGGUCUAGAGGAAACCGUAUAAAACCAGUUCCAAAAAGAAAUUUACCGACACGUAUCAAAAUAAAUAUAAGCGGACUUGUUUUUGAGACUUUCGAAAGCUCUUUGAAUAGAUUUCCCAACACUUUGCUUGGAAAUUAUGAAAGACGAAAACAAUUUUACGACAAUACCAAAAAUGAAUAUUUUUUUCCGAGAGACAGGACAUGUUUUGAAUUUAUUUUGUAUUAUUAUCAAAGUGGUGGGUAUUUGGCAUGUCCAAAUAACAUCAACAUUAAUUUAUUUUAUUCUGAGCUAAUCUUCUUUGGUUUGGACACAAACAUUGACAUUAAAUAUGACAAUGAAUAUUACAGACCAACAAAAAUAGAAAAACUUCCAAAACAGUUUAUUUUCAAAAAACUGUGGUUACUUUUGGAGUAUCCCAGUUACUCAAUAAGUGGACAAAUUUAUUCUUAUUUGUCGAUUAUUAUCAAUUUAGUGUCAAUCAUUUUAUUUUGCAUCGAAACUCUUCCGCAAUUUAAAUCACUAUGUCCAGAUAAAAUAGACUUCUUUUUGAAUAUUUUCAAUAUAAUUGACGCUGUUGCAAUCGCUCCGUACUACAUCAUGAUUGUGAUAAAUUACUUACAUCCAAUAGGUGCUGUUACUUUUGUUGGAUCAAUGCAGUUUAUGACUUUAAAAAUCUUACGAACACUUCAAGUUAUGAGUCUUGUGAGACAUUCGAUGUAUUUUCAUGUUCUCGGAAAAACAAUUUCAGCCUCAGUUCAUGAAAUACUCUUUUUGAUAAUGUUCUUAUCUAUUUCUACUCUCAUAUCAGCUUCUGCAAUUUAUUUUGCCGAGUUUGACGUUCCAGGAUCUCAAAUGAAAAGCAUUCCCGAUGCCUUUUGGUGGUCUAUAAUCACAUUAACUGCAGUUGGGUAUGGAGAUGUGUAUCCUUUGGGGUUUUGGGGGAAAAUUAUUGGAUCGAUCACUGGCAUUGGCGGUGUCUUGGCUGCCGCUUUGCCAAUUUCUGUGAUAGUUUCAAAAUUUAAUAACUUUUAUAAAAUAGAAAUAGAUCGAAGAAAAUAUGCUAAAUUCGAAAAUAAACUUACAAUUUAA